AUGAAUUCUGAGUCGAUGAGUAGCGAUCAUUACAGAGCUGUUUUCCCUAUUGUAUCUUGGAGAGAUGAUGCGAUGUCUGCUGGUGCUCAUGCAUCCAAAACUAAGGCAGGAAAUACCCCUCCUCUGCAUGCACUUCUUCUGAGUUUGUUAAAAACCGGAGCUGGAAAUUUCUACCAUUCUGAAUGCCCCAAGGCAGAGGGCCUUCAACUGUAUUCGGAGAAAGGGAAAUCACAGAAGGCACGCUCCCCAGAGUUCAUCGAUGGUUCAGAUGGAUUCAGCAAAGAAGCUACAAUCAUAAGGCAAGGCCAGUUUCCGGUGGACAUCCUUCACAAACUAAAAGUCCUCGAAUUGCAAUGCUUUCAUGAGGAAUCCGCAGUUUUUCCGUUUGAUCUCCUAAUUCAGAGAGUCCACAAUCUGGAAAACCUUGUUGUCAGACAUGGUCUGUUCAAAGAGCUGUUCUCAAGUGGACUUUUUGGUGAGGAGAAACAUGCAAUGACACUUGCACGGAUAAAAUGCCUAAAACUUGUUUGGCUUCCCAAUCUGGAGCGUAUUUGGAAUCAAGGUUUGCUAGUGGACCAACUUAUUAAAAAUCUUGAAAAGUUAGAAGCAUGGAGAUGCUACAGUUUGACCAAUUUAGCACCAUCUAUCACAUCAAUCCAAAAUCUAAGAUCGCUGGAUGUUUGGCAAUGCAAAGGAUUGAAAUAUUUAAUAGCAUCCUCAACUGCCAGAAGUCUUGUGCAACUCACUGCAAUGACUGUAAGAAAAUGCGAAGUGAUAACAGAGAUUGUAGCAAAUGAGGGAGAUGAAUCAGAAAGUGAGAUUAUUUUCAGGAAAUUGGAAAGUAUUAGACUUGAUUAUUUUCAGGACAUUUACUCAACGUGGGAUUUGACCCAGAACUCAAGCCUCGGCUCCAACCAGAAAAGAGACAGAAAAUGA